AUGCUCCGAUGCCAAACCCCUUCUGGAACGUCAAACCCUGAGCCAAAGCCUGAGCCUUCUCCAACGCAAAACCCUGAAUCAAACUCUGAGCCUUCCCCAACGCCAAACCCUGAGCCUUCUCCAACGCCAAAGCCUGAGCCUUCUCCAACGCCAAACCCUGAGCCAAACCCUGAGCCUUCUCCAACGCCAAACCCUGAGCCUUCUCCAACGCCAAACCCUGAUCCACAGCUUGAGCCCUCUCCAAGGCCAAAGCCUGAGCCAAACCCUGAGCCUUCUCCAUCACAAAACCCUGAGCCAAAGGCUGAGCCUUCUGCAACGCCAAAGCCUGAGCCAAAUCCUGAGCCUUCUCCAACGCCAAACCCUGAGCCUUCUCCAACGCCAAAGCCUGAGCCAAACCCUGAGCCUUCUCCAACGCCAAACCCUGAGCCAAACCCUGAGCCUUCUCCAACGCCAAAGCCUGAGCCUUCUACAAUGCCAAACCCUGAGCCAAACCCUGAGCCUUCUCCAACGCCAAAGCCUGAGCCAAACCCUGAGCCUUCUCCAACGCCAAAGCCUGAGCCUUCUACAAUGCCAAACCCUGAGCCAAAGCCUGAGCCUUCUCCAACGCCAAAGCCUGAGCCAAACCCUGAGCCUUCUCCAACGCCAAACCCUGAGCCUUCUCCAAGGCCAAACCCUGAGCCAAACCCUGAGCCUUCUCCAAGGCCAAACCCUGAGCCAAAGCCUGAGCCUUCUCCAACGCCUGAGCCUUCUCCAACGCCAAACCCUGAGCCAAACCCUGAGCCUUCUCCAACGCCAAAUCCUGAGCCUUCUCCAACGCCAAACCCUGAGCCAAACCCUGAGCCUUGUCGAACGCCAAAACCUCAUCCAAACCCUGAGCCUUCUCCAACGCCAAACCCUGAGGCAAAGCCUGAGCCUUCUCCAACGCCAAAGCCUGAGCCUCCUCCAACGGCAAACCCUGAGCCAAACCCUGAGCCUUCUCCAACGCCAAACCCUGAGCCAAACCCUGAGCCAUCUCCAACGCCAAACCCUGAGCCUUCUCCAACGCCAAAGCCUGAGCCAAAGCCUGAGCCUUCUCCAAGGGCAAACCCUGAGCCUUCUCCAACGCCAAACCCUGAGCCAAACCCUGAGCCUUCUCCAACGCCAAACCCUGAGCCUUCUCCAAUGCCAAAACCUGAGCCAAAGCCUGAGCCUUCUCCAACGCCAAAGCCUGAGCCAAAGCCUGAGCCUUCUCCGACGCCAAACCCUGAGCCUUCUCCAAUGCCAAACCCUGAGCCAAACCCUGAGCCUUCUCCAAGACCAAACCCUGAGCCAAAGCCUGAGCCUUCUCCAACGCCAAACCCUGAGCCAAAGCCUGAGCCUUCUCCAACGCCAAACCCUGAGCCAAAGCCUGAGCCUUCUCCAACGCCAAACCCUGAGCCUUCUCCAACGCCAAACCCUGAGCCAAACCCUGAGCCUUCUCCAAGGGCAAACCCUGAGCCUUCUCCAACGCCAAACCCUGAGCCAAACCCUGAGCCUUCUCCAAGGCCAGAGCCUGAGCCAAACCCUGAGCAUUCUCCAACGCCAAACCCUGAGCCAAACCCUGAGCCUUCUCCAACGCCAAAGCCUGAGCCUUCUCCAACGCCAAAGCCUGAGCCAAAGCCUGAGCCUUCUCCAAGGGCAAACCCUGAGCCUUCUCCAACGCCAAACCCUGAGCCAAACCCUGAGCCUUCUCCAAUGCCAAACCCUGAGCCAAACCCUGAGCCUUCUCCAACGCCAAAGCCUGAGCCUUCUCCAACGCCAAAGCCUGAGCCAAAGCCU